AUGCUAAAGCAAUUAACAGCUCGUGGUCGUCUUACGAGGCUGGCCUUUGUAAGCAGACGGUUCAAUUCGUCAAAGGACAAGUUUUCAGAUAUAGAAAAAUUCAAUAAGCUGAAGACUCAGUACAACUUUGACUACAACUUUGACAACAUUGACAAGGAUAAGGCAACACUUCAACCUAAUAGCAACGCUACACAUCCGUCUUGGGCAAAUAGGAGGGAUACCCAACAACAAGAUAGUUCAAACUCAAACGCGGGUAUUCCAAAACAAAAUGAUGAGAUUUUGGAUGUCAAUGCUAUACUUGAGAAUGAUCCACGUCUAGCUGAUCUUCGCCCUGGCUCGCAUGAAUAUCGCGAAACUUUGCAUAAAAUCCACCAAGAGUUUCUCGUUAAUCAAGAGAAAGCCCAAAGGAGUUAUGAAGCCAAAGAAAGAUGGAAAGGUGUGUUUUAUGGAUUUAUUGGUGUUGUGGGACUCUUGAUUGCACAUCAGACGUUUAUGAACUACGAAUCCAUCAAAAAUCGAGCAACGUGGAAAUGGUAUUACGGCGACAUGGAAGAUACGGUUGAAGACAUGAGCGGCAAGAACGUCAAGGCAAGCAAGCACUUGGCUGAAAAAUUGGACAAAGAGUUUAGUAAAGAAAACUUGGCCAACAUGAAAGAUUCCAAGCACGAGUCUGGUGUCUACUACUUUGGUGACAGCACAAGCAAGAUUCCAUUGAGGAUAAAAGCCUUCGAUGGGCUAUACCUCAAAGAUGCAUUGGUGGAAAAGGGACGCGUAAUUGCUGUCACGAACAACGGCAAAGUUUACCAAUGGUCCAAGAGGGACAAGAAGACGACAUUGUCCGAGAUCAAGCUUCCCAGCAAGAUUGAGAAAGUUGUUGCAACAAAGGAUUAUUACUAUUUUCUCACCGACAAGGGUGAUGUUCUCUACAAGCCCAAGCACGAGUCUACUGGCUUUUUGCCCGUGUUGAGAAGAAAUUGGUUCGGAUUGUUAAAGUCGCAUGACUUUGACCGACUCAAUGCAAUAAACAUCAAGGAAAUCCGCGCUGGUGUUGACCACAUAUUGCUACUUGAUAAAUUUGGUCAAGUGUUUGUGUCAAACACAUCUCAUGCUCCUAGCAAUCAUGGCCAGUAUGGUCCAAACUACUCGCCGUUUGACAAUGGAAAAGUGCCUGUUAACGAAGUGUUGGACUUGGCGCUACUCAACAAUGAAGUCGUACAAACUCCCGAUGGCAAGAAAUCGAUCGAACCGCGGACAUUCACCAGCAUAGCCUCAGGCGCAUUCUUCAAUAUCGUUGCCGACAAGAGCGGCAAUAUCUGGACAUGGGGGGACAACACUUUUGGCGAAUGUGGAAGUCUAAACACCACCAAAUUCCAGCCUGUGCCCAAAAUGGUUUUUGGCAAAGCCGACUAUAAGAGAAUAUGCAGAAACGUGUUUGGAACCAGAACUAAAGAAGCCGACUUUGAGGUGAAGAAAGUGGCUGCCACGGCCGAUACGAGUUACAUUUGGGUGAGAUAUUUGAAUCACGAUGAUGUAAUCUUGAGUUUUGGAAAUGGUCUUGAUGGUCAAUUGGGCAGUGGCAGAUACAUGCAAGUGUGCUCUUAUCCGGAAAUCAUCAAAUCUUUAACUGGCUUGCAAGAAUUUGAUGACGCGUUGAAUCGCGUAAAGAAUAUUGGUAUAAAGGAUAUCGCAGCUGGCAAGAACCACACAUUUAUCACCUUGGACAAUGCUGGUGCAAAAGAUGUUCUCGUGACGGGUUCCAACUCGCAUGGACAAUUUGGAAACGGUAAAAAGAUCAAAGCAUGCAAACCUACCCAGUUGCCAAGACUUUUGGAGCCACAAGAUGGUCAAGAUAAAAAUAAACUCGCAAAGACGAUCAAUGACAUGCGCACACAAAGAUUGCAGCUACUUGAUGAUGAAAAAGUAGGCAAGCAAACAGUGGAACAAGUGAUUGCUGCUGGAGACGAUGCUUCGGUGAUAUAUUACAGAUGUAAAUAG